CGCACGGCGGGCGGGGCUGGAGGCGGGAGCCUGGGAACCGGAAGUCGGAACCCAGCGGCGCGAGCGCAGCCUCUGGGCCAACUGCGUUGUCUUUCCAGCCUCUCCUCUCAGCUCCCCGCCGGAAGUGGAGGAAGAAAGCCUGCAGAUUCGAACCUAUCUCCUAAGCUGCUCAUCAUGAUGAAACUUAGACACAAAAAUAAGAAACCAGGUAAAAGUUCCAAAGGCUGCAAGAAGCAGAGUGGGAAGAAAGCAGCCUUCAAGCUGGUCUCCACCCCCCAGUUUGUUCACUCCAAUGAUCAUACCAACCGGGAGGCUGAAUUAAAGAAGAAGAGGAUUGAGGAGAUGAGGGAGAAGCAGCAGGCUGCCAGGGAGCAAGAGAGACACAGACGCAGAACCAUGGAGAGCUACUGUCAGGAUGUCCUGCGACGCCAGGAGGAGUUUGAGUCCAAGGAGGAAGCUUUGCAGGAAUUAAAUAUGUUUCCUCAGCUGGAUGAUGAGGCCACAAGAAAGGCCUAUUACAAGGAGUUCCGUAAGGUAGUGGAAUACUCUGAUGUGAUUCUGGAAGUUCUGGACGCCAGGGACCCGUUGGGCUGCCGCUGCUUCCAGAUGGAGGAGACUGUCUUGCGGGCAGAGGGCAACAAGAAGCUGGUCCUGGUCUUGAACAAGAUUGACCUGGUCCCCAAGGACAUUAUAGAAAAGUGGCUGGAUUACCUUCGGAAUGAGCUGCCAACUGUGGCUUUCAAGGCCAGCACCCAGCAUCAGGUCAAAAACCUGAACCGCUGCAGUGUGCCCGUGGAGCAGGCCUCUGAGUCACUGCUGAAGAGCAAAGCCUGCUUUGGAGCUGAAAACCUCAUGAGGGUUCUGGGGAACUAUUGCCGCCUCGGUGAAGUGCGCACCCAUAUCCGUGUGGGCGUUGUGGGCCUUCCUAAUGUUGGGAAGAGCAGCCUGAUCAACAGUCUGAAACGCAGCCGUGCUUGCAGUGUGGGAGCUGUUCCUGGGAUCACCAAGUUCAUGCAGGAGGUCCACCUGGACAAGUUUAUCAGGCUGCUGGAUGCCCCAGGCAUUGUCCCAGGCCCCAACUCGGAGGUGGGCACCAUCCUGCGCAAUUGCAUCCACGUGCAGAAGCUGGCGGACCCUGUGACCCCGGUGGAGACCAUCCUGCAACGCUGUAACCUGGAGGAGAUUUCCAACUAUUACGGCGUCUCUGGCUUCCAGACCACUGAGCACUUUCUGAUGGCGGUGGCCCAGCGAUUGGGUAAAAAGAAGAAGGGAGGCAUCUAUAAUCAGGAGGAGGCAGCCAAAGCAGUCCUGUCUGACUGGGUGAGUGGGAAGAUCAGCUUCUACACACUUCCACCCGCCACGCACACUCUGCCCACCCAUCUUAGCGCUGAGAUUGUUAAGGAGAUGACCGAAGUCUUUGACAUUGAGGACACCGAGCAGGCCAAUGAAGACACUAUGGAAUGCUUGGCCAAUGGAGAAUCUGAUCAGCUCUUGGGUGACAUCGAUUCGCUUCAAACGGAGAUCAAAUGGCUCCAUUCUCCAAUGAUGAAAAUAGUAGAUGCCUUGGAAAAUAAAACCACCGUGUAUAAGAAUGGAGAGUUCACUGAGUAUUGCAUGAAUUCGAAUGGUCAUCAGAAGGAGUGGGCUAAGCGCAAUGCGGACUCCUAUCCCAGGAACAUCUGCCCAGUGGACCGCCGCCCGAUGGUACAGAAGAUCAUGGAGACAGACCCCCUGCAGCAGGGCCAGGCUCUGGCAUGUGCUUUGAAGAAUAAGAAGAAGAUGCAGAAGCGUACAGAUAAACUCGCCAGUAAGCUGUCCGAUUCCAUGAUGUCUGCCCUCGACCUCUCUGGCAACACUGAUGACAGUGCUGGUGACUGAUCGGCUGAUCUCACCCCCUCCACUCCCCAAGUACCGGUUCCAGUGGGAUGGGGGAUACAGAUGAAAUAAAAUGGUUUGCUUCUCCCUGAAGCACACACA